UUUCAAUUAGAUAGAAGCUUAAUUUUUACGAUUAGAUAUGAGAAAAACAAUCAGAAUGAACUUAAAGAUCAUAACAAAUAUGAAAAAUUUUCUAGUCAAUGUAUAUAUAUUUCUGCAAAUUUAUUAAAUAAUGAAAACAAACCUGUUCAAGAUCUUCAAAAUUAUAUAAAUUUAUGUCCUCUGGAUGCAUAUGAAUCUCAAGUUCAAACCCAAGAUAAAUCGCAAGUCUUAAUUCUAUAUGAAUCUCAAAUUCCAAUUCAAAGAAACUCACAAAUUCUGAUGCAAUUUAAAAAUACCAAG